AGACCGCCAACAGCACACGCCUGCGCUUCGCGGGCCCUCCCCCCCGGCGGGCGCCCCGCCAUGAGGCGGCGAUGUCGUGCGCCUACAUCUUCAAGUUCAUCGUCAUCGGCGACGCGAGCGUCGGAAAGACCUGCCUGCUGCUCCAGUUCACGGACAGGCAGUUCCGCGCCGACCACGCGCCGACGAUCGGGGUUGAGUUUGCCGCACGACACAUCGUGAUCGACAACCAGCAGAUCAAGCUGCACAUAUGGGACACGGCUGGACUUGAGUCCAUCGGGAUGUGGGGUCGGUGGAUUACCGUGGCGCCAGCGGGGCCAUGCUGGUGUACGACAUCACGUCGCGCCCGUCAUUUGAGCAUAUACCCAGCUGGCUGGAGCAGGCCCGGCAGAACGCCAGCCCGCAGACGCUGUUCCUGCUGA